AUGGGAAAUAAAAAUAGUAGUAGUGGUAAAAAGAAAAAAAAUUUGAAACCCACAACCACAGGUACAUCAGGUACAUCAAGUAUAUCAAAUAUUUCAAAUAAAUCCAAUAAUCAAUACACCGCUUAUCUUUCACCUACUUCUGAUAGGAUUUCAAGAAUUUCAAAUGAGCUCUUAAGGAGAAAUUUUACUCAGAUCGAAAGUUAUUCUCUGAGAGCCUCAUUUGAAAAUCUUAGUACUACAAAUGAAAUAGGUAUUUCUUAUAUCAAUGAAGGAGCUUUUAUUGGUUACCUAGGAUUUCCUGAUGAUGUUGGUGCAGGCCCACUUAUAUAUCGCUCCUUCAUUUAUCUAGCAAAUUAUCCUUCCAACAGUCAAAUAAAUACUCUUCUUACUUAUGAUGGGCUCAUAAAAGCUGUAGCUGUAUAUUGUGACAAAACUAAAGAUGUAAUUAACGAGGAUCGCGUAAAACUUCUUUUUGAUUCAUUUGCCAUUUCCGUCGAUAGAGUUGGUAAUGAACAAAAGUCCCCUUCAGAAUCGGAUGGAUCUUCUACUAUUGGACUUUAUAAUGAAAUCGAUCCUUCUAAAGUUUCAAAAGUACGAUGUCAAGAUAUGGUGAAAAUAUUGACGGGACUAAUAUGGCUUAUGUCUAGUGAAAUGUCUUCAAUUUCAACAAAUUCUGAAGACUUGUUAGCAAAUUUAAAAAAAAUCGUUUCUCCAAAAUUUAUUAAUCAAAUCCGUGAAGAUGUCAUCCACGUCGUCGAACGUAUGCAUAUGUCACAAUGCAACAAUAGCAUCGGUAUCAACGCCAUGGAGUCAGACGAUGUUAUCUGUUGGCCAACAUUCCAGAAAUUCGUUGAUAGAAAUGCUCCGAGUAUUUUUAGAGGUUUUAUACCUUUUAUGUAUGGACAAUUCUUAAUAGGAUUAACAUUAUCUCAACAAAGACAAGAUUCAUUAUUCCAAGGACCAAAAGUUCAAUAUUGGCCAAAAUUAGAUACUCAUUCAGACUUAUUAAAUCAAAUGAAUAUGGGAUUGUUAUCUUGGAUGUUGCCCGAGAAAGUUAUCAAAAGACAUCAUUGGAAUUGUUUAUAUAGUAGUAGUAGACACGGAUUCAGUACGAACCGGUUUUCCAGUCACGUAUUUAAAUACCCAGGCCCUACUCUCAUGUUAAUACACGCGGAUAUAUCAAAAAAUCAAAAUCGUGAAUUAAUCUCGAUUUCACCGAACACUAGAGGAUUUAUACCUACUUCAAAACCUAAUAAACUUGAAGAUCAUGUUUCCACUUUAUUGUUGGGCGCUUAUAUUUCUGAACCGUGGAAAUCCACUUCUAAUCCGAAAACUUGUUUUGGAUCGGAUGAAUGUGCACUCUUUGAAAUUUGGCCGGUUUUCGAAAAAUUUCCAGCAUCCAAAUUGAAUUCAAGCUAUGUUUAUUAUAAUCCGUCAUUUGGUAUUGGUUUUGGUGGUAUAGCUACGUCUGGUACAACAUCCAACACGAUAACAGUAUCAGAUCAAAAUACAUUUACACUUCAAAUUGACAAUACACUUCAACAUGGUCGUUAUCGAAAUGAUAUUCUUCGUAAUGACAAACCAACAUAUUCUCUAUCGGUCACCAGGAAUUUUUUUGAUAUACCGUUUGAAGUUUUAGAAAUUGAGGUUUUUGGAUUAGGUGGCGAUUUGGCAAAAGAAAAACAAGAAAAAGAAUGGGAAUGGGAAGAAGCUGAAGUUGCCAAGAGAAAUGGCCUUAAUAUUAAGAGAAAUUGCAAUAAAGAAGCCGAUAGAGAAGUUCUCAAG